AUGUCGAGUGGAAUACAACAGGCCUCGCAACUUUAUAACACUCUCAAGACUGAAUUUGGCUCUCGGAACGCCAAUCUAGAGAAAUGUGGCAAUUACUUAGCAAAACUAAAGAUCGCCUUGUCAGAAAUGAAUCUUUUACUUCCAGAAGGAAAGAUUAUUAACGCGGAAGAGUUACUUGUGGCGCGAGAUAUCUUAGAAAUUGGAGCAUUAUGGAGUGUUCGCGUCAAGGAUAUACCAUCUUUCGAAAGAUAUAUAGCGCAGCUGAAUACAUAUUAUACCGAUUACAGUUCAUUACUCCCACCCUCACAUCAAAUGUAUCCUUUGAUGGGAUUGAAUCUUCUUCGUUUACUUUCUCAAAAUCGUAUUGCUGAAUUUCACACGGCAUUGGAGAAUAUUGAGCCCGAACAACUUCUGGAGAACCCUUAUAUCAAACACCCAGUUCACUUAGAACAAUAUCUAAUGGAAGGGAGUUAUAAUAAAGUUUGGAACUCUAGAGAACAAGUGCCUGCCCCCGAUUAUCUUUUCUUCAUCGACAUUUUGAUGGGAACUAUCAGGAAUGAAAUCGCAAGCUGUAGUGAAAAAGCAUACGCAAGCCUGCCGUUAGCCGACGCAGCCACGCUAUUAUUCUUUAAUAAUCUUCACGAAGUUUUAACUUUUGCCAGAGAGCGCGAAUGGAAUGUUGAACCAGCAGAGAAGAAAAUAUAUUUCACAACAAAGGAUGACAAUCACAUCGAGAUACCCCACGACAUCAUUAUCAAACAAGCACUCCAUUAUGCACAAGAUUUGGAACAGAUUGUAUAG